UAGGGAAUACCAGCAAUCCAUGCUACCUUGAGGCGUCUUGGUAAAAACAAGUUCAUGAUCAAUAUAAAAAUAAUAUAUCGCAGAGUACAACCGGUCAGUACCUUCUUUCCUCGCUUCUUUCUUUGGUCUUUGUGGUUAGUACAUAUCCGUACCAUCGUUCUGAGAGUUCCCAAUUCUGCUUGUUUUGAUUUGGUUUGUCCAAGUUCAAGAUGUACAAGGUCAUUGCUUUGGUGUUGACAUGCUCAAUGUUACAUUCAUCAUUGGGUGGUCCAGUUACUGAGUCUAUCAACCCUUUGCCGAUAUCUCCAUGCCCAGAAAUAGUCCAGUACGAUUAUGCAGAUGGUGAGGGUAGACUAGAUGCUACGUUGGUAGUGAGUAGUCCUCACAUUUUACACGGUAUUUGGAUCAGGAUCCUUUUUGACAGAGAUAUUGACGAAGUAACUGUCAAAGACAGCUUCGGAGAAGUAGAGAGACGAGAUGGCAAAGUCGGCUUCUUGAUCAAAAAUUCAGACAUCAUUCUUCAAAGAUACGAAGAAAGGUUGCUAAGAAUAUCCGUGAAAUAUUCUGGUACCGAGGUUCCAAAUUUGGUUGAAUACAGAAUCAACGCGGUCACUAUUUGUCCCAAUUCUAUUUCAAAUAAUGGUUUAUAUCCCAAUGACAAAAAUGCCUCUUCUGAUUAUCUAUCCUCCAGCAUCACUUCUGAAGGUCAACAAGCAUUUUCUCAAGAAAACUGUGGACAAACCGCAUCAAAAGACACCUAUCCCUGGCAAGCAUCCAUCUUCACCAAACAAAACAACACAGAGCACUAUACCUGCGACGCUACUUUAGUCUCCCCUAAACACCUUAUCACUGCAGCUCAUUGUAUUACCUACCUACGCACUUCGUACCCAAUCUCUCCUAGAUCUUUGAAAAUAUACUUCGAUCAACACGAUCUGAAUGACAUUGACACCCUCUACUUUGCCAAAAAAAUAACACUGUAUCCUGGAUAUUCCUCAGAGAAUUUUUUGAAUGAUAUCGCUAUCAUUGAAUUGGAUGCACCUAAAAAGGGUAGUUUUGUGUGUUUGGCAGGGGAGAGUAGUGCAGUUGAGGAACAAGGACUAUUAAGUGGGUUUAGGAUUGAGAAUGAUGGAUUUGGUAAAGCUGGAGCUGCUAAAAUUGAGAGAAUCGAUGAUGGGAAGUGUCUAGAUGGUCUUUUUGGAGAGUUUAAGGAGUUGUUGGGUGACGAAAAUUAUUGUGCUUCAUAUUUGAAAGAUGGUGAUAGCUGUGUAGGAACCAGUGGCAGUGGACAUAUAACUGAAAACUCCGGAAAAUGGUACUUACAAGGCAUUUUGAAUGCAGGGAUAUUGCUUCAGGGCAAGUCAAAAUGUAAAGACUCCGAUUCUUUGGUACUCACAAACAUCAAUUUAUACUCUAAGUGGAUCCGACGAGAAAUAUCAAGAGAUCUUUAAGAAAAUAUUUAGUUUUUAUUUAACAUUUAUUAAACAUUUAUGUUAUUAAUUACUAUUAUUAUUUUUAUUAAGUAAUGUAACGCUUGCUGUAUUAAUAUGUAAUGACUGCAAUAUUUUAUUCUAUUUUUUACUAAAUAAAGUUUUAUAAAAAUAUUA